AAUAAACAUUUUUUUCCAACAGGAACUUGAAGAGAAACUAGACAAACUCAACAGGAAACAACGUGAGUCGCAGGAAAAAAUGAGGUAUUAUGAACCUAAUGUUGAGAAAAUCAAUUCAGCUCUUGAAGCAGGAGUUUACCAGCAGUUUCUUGCUAGCGCUAUUCAGCGUAUACAAUUGUCAAAGGCCAAACUGCUAGGAAAUCAACUUGUUCAUGAAAGGACUGAAAAUGUUGAGGUGCAGGCAGCAUCAUCGAUGCAAAUGGAUGAUGCAACUUCAUUAACUGAUCAGACUGUUGAAAGAAACCAAACCGGGAUGAAUUCAACCAUAUUGGAUGAAAAUCAAAGUGGAACAAGCUUAGCUGCAGGGCCUCAUCUUAGCCUAGGCUUCAUUGAAGCACAAAUGCUGUGGAAUAAGCAUGGGAUUCUUUGA